AUGUCUCGACACAGAUUUGUACGGAAUAUUAAUGUCCAUGAAGAGCUUGAAGAAGAUGUAUUGUCGGAUGGAGGUGAUGAUGAACUUUCUCCUGAGGAGCAUGAGCAUAUGAUGAAUUGCCUUGAGCAAAUCAGGGCCACAAUAGGCACUGCAGAGCAAUCAGGCAUAUCCGAUACAGAAAUACAAGACACUCUAUACUAUUAUCAAUAUAACGUAGAGAGAAGCAUAAACUGGUUGUACGAAGAACAAGGACGGAAGAAUGUGGCGAAAGAACGCAAGGUGGAAAAACCUCUACCUCCACCCCCCUUGGAUGAGGAGGAUCCAGGCAUCGGUUACCAGGCAAAUCAGGAAUAUUUCGAGCCUCCUUCGAGCGGUUCAGGGAGGUCCAACAUUCCACUUAUAAGGCUAGCUCAGCCGCAGCCAGACGAGGUCUACGAGUAUUCGGAAUAUGCUCCAACGCCAUCGUUGCGGACACUGAGCACGAUUUCGGAGAAGACUGAGCAAACGGAUGAUGUCGGGACUGUGACUCCUCGAACCCAACAACAGGAGCUCUCUAGCCUAUCACGGACAGCUUCUUUUGCAAGUGCUACUACCGAUUAUGGCCGCGAAGUAAUCGCCCGCCAGGAGGCAGACCCUAACGAUGUUGUUCCAUCACCCUCAUCUUCAGCCCUUCAACGCCUUUCGUAUCACGAACCCGCCCCGUCCCUGACGCCGUCGGCGUCCCGUACACCAUCUUCUCAGCCAUCACUGCGUUCAACCACUGCACCGGUACCACAUAUAGAGUCCAUUCCCGACAUCCCGUCUCUGCGGACAAAGAAAUCAACCGUGCAGCCCGCUAGCGAGAAGAGAUCAAAGUUAUCGACUCUGGCGAGUUCAAGGUCUAGUACCCGAUCAUCUUUGAGUACCAGAUCGGAUGCUAGUGCUGCUGACACGGUAUCGGAUGCAACUGUUUACACUUAUCCAUUCCUCCGGCCCACUUCUGCGUCUAUAAUGUCAUUUGAUCGCGACUCCACUACGAGCGCAUCGUCGAUGUCAUCACACGUCCGACGAGCCAUACAAACGGCGCUUGAACUGGAGGCUGUAGAUCGAGCUGAGAGUGUGGAACAAUCUCGCGGUCGCUUGUCCCCGCCGAUGGCUUUCCCCAAAAAAACGUCCUCAGUCGAGUCCCCUCAGCCGCUCGGUGCGGUUACUUCCCCCCCGCCCCCACGGUUAGCCGACCUCUCUCAGCAACCUGGGCCAACCAGUCUUUCGCAGGUUACAAAGUCUACCACCACCCAAUCAGAGAAAUUUCCCACUUCCCCCGAACUACCCAGGUCGACACCUCAACUGCUUAGCCCGACAAAUCCUCUUCAGUCUCUCGCUCCCUCUGUUCCUCGUUUACCUUCUGCUAGCCCUCCGCGAUCUGUUGCCUCGCCUCAUGUCUCUGCUCCCGAGUUGCCGACCAUUCCGAAUGUCAUGCGUAUGCCUACGUCGCCACCAUCGCAAGGCCGUCAACCCACUAAGCUUGCUAUGCUUGCACAAGCGAAAGCUCAACAAGGCCGCUGGAUCCCAAAGCCGAAAAAGACCGUUGACUCUGCUUCAGAACCCGCCCUCAUAUUACACAAGUCCCAUACUCAGUAUUUUGACCCGAUUGCCAAUGGACCUACUGCUACGACGGCGAUCACCACGUCGUAUCAGAGCCUCAGUAGUCUUCUCACACCUGCUCAAUCCGCACUUCCACCAUCUAUUGUGCCUCCAGUGCGUAACACAACUGAGCAAUCGAUCAAGCCUACUCGCACCGGAAACGAGUCAAAGCAGUCUAAACUGGCAAUGAAGAGCAAAACUGCUCUAAAGAAGCCUGAAUUAGACACCAGUGCGAAUGAGGCUCAGCCCGUGGUGCAACAUCCGAUGUUUGUGCCCCAGGGCUCUCGUACUCGUGCGUCGCCAUCGGCCUUCGCUUCCCUUCUCACCGAUGACGCGCCUCUGAUUACGCUCGAAGAGAAAGGACAUAGUUCAAAAGGGAAAGGAGUGGAAAGGAGUGGAGUUCAUGUUGAGGACCUUCAAUUGGCAACCACAUCAGAGGGAAGUAAACCUCGUCGCCAUUCUCAUAGGAAACGAGAUAGCGUUCUUCCGUCGGCUCCCGAGCUAUCACCUACCAGCGGUUUUGCUUUCGACGUACCUAGUCCGGAUGAUGUCGUGUUCAAUGCUCGUCGAGGAACAUCGCUAGCGCCACGCUCCCUGACUGCAUCUUCAUCUGCUCCGCCUGCCAAAGAACGCGAAAAGGCUGCGAAGCUGGCGCAGAGUAAGCAAGGUUCGCCGGCAAAAGCAGGUUCGUCCGCUGGUAAAAAGGUAGCCAAGGAGACACCAGCCGCACCCAAGAAGGCUAUAGGCGCCUCUGAUGCCAGCCAGCUGGAUCUAUCCGCCCUGAAUAUCCGUCCGAAGGAAGAGCCGGUCCAAGAAGAGCCGCUUAAAGCAGCCAUCGCGUUGGAAAAAGUCCUUGACGAAGUGAGAACGGUCUUACAGGCCCAGGAGAAAAAUGAAAAACGAGCUUUAAGCCUGGUCGUCAUUGGCCAUGUCGAUGCUGGAAAGUCCACUCUUAUGGGUAGAUUGUUAUAUGAAUUAGGACGGAUAAAUGAGAAGAAGCGUCUCGCAAAUGAACGUGGCAGUAGCAAGGUAGGAAAGAGCAGCUUUAGCUGGGCCUGGGAGCUGGACGGAACAGCCGAAGAGCGGGAAAGGGGUAUUACCAUGGACAUCGCGCUCCAGUAUUUGUCGACUCCGCAUCGCGAGAUUACAAUUUUGGACGCCCCUGGCCAUAAAGACUUCAUACCCAACAUGAUAUCCGGAGCUUCUCAGGCCGAUAGCGCAUUGCUUGUAGUCGAUGCCGCCACAGGAGAGUUCGAAGCCGGAUUCGAAAAAGGUGGUCAAACUCGAGAGCAUCUCCUGCUUGUCAGAAGCCUAGGCGUUAGCCAGGUUGUUGUUGCCGUUAACAAAUUGGACCAGGUACAAUGGGAGAAAUCCAGGUACGACGAGAUAUGCGACACUCUUAAACCAUUCCUGCUUCAGUCCGGGUUCCAUUCGUCUAAAACCAAGUUCGUUCCCGUCGGAGCGAUGGCGGGAGUUAACCUCACGGCACGGGUGGGAACAGAUUCUGAAUUUCUCAAUAAAUGGUAUACUGGCCCGACUUUAGUUGAGCUUCUGGACCGCCUGGAUCCACCAUCGCGUAACAUCAGUGCUCCGUUGCGAUUUCCCAUUUCCAACGUCUUCAGGGAAGCUGGUUCCGGUAUUGGUGUCUCUGGACGCGUCUGUGGCGGCGUCGCUCAAGUCGGCGAACUUUUGCGCAUUCUCCCAGGAGAUGGAACAACCUAUAUCAAAUCUAUCUCAAAUGACGACCAAAGCCUCCCAUGGGUAGUGGACGGCUCCAACGUAAUACUUUACCUAACAUCUGUGGAUCCUGUCCACCUCAGCAUUGGUAGCGUGCUAUGUCGGCCUAGUGAUCUCAUUUCGCUGGCCACGGUGUUCACGGCGAGAGUCAUAAUUUUCGACAUUGAUAUCCCUAUCACCGCCGGUGCUUCCAUUGAGCUAUAUCACUACUCUCGCGACGUUCCCGCAUCGAUCUCAAAGCUGAUCUCGAUCACGGAUCGAGCAACUGGAAAAGUUAUCCGGAAGAGCCCUCGUGUUCUGACCAAAAAUGCUUCUGCGGAAAUACAGAUCACACUUCGCAGCGGCUCAAUGUCUGGCCCGUCAGCAAAGGCUUAUCCAAUUCCCAUCGAACCAUUUGCUAUGAACAAGGACAUGGGUAGAGUUCUCAUCCGACGCGGCGGAGAAACGAUAGGAGCCGGUAUUGUUCUAGAUGUCUUGGAGUGA